CAUGCCGUUGUUACCUUAUGGGGAGAGCAUGCUGAUCUAUUUGACGCCGCCAGACUAAUGACAGCAUCAAAUGAAGAACCCAUCGUUGUUCUAUUUGUCAGCAUGACAGUCGGUCAGUAUUCAGGUUUGUUGUCCUUUAUGAGCACAUCAGCGACAAGGUGGUAUGUAAAUGCACCAAUUCCAGAGAUCGCUGAAGUUCGAGAAAGGUCAAGCCAUCUUCCGUCGCGUAUAGAAUCGCACACUGGAAAACAAGAUCAUACUGAACCAAUAGCAUCAUCAAUCACGGAGAUCACAACGUUCGAACCAAAUGACAUCAUGGGUGAACGCUAUAAACUGCCUGUUAGAAUCACCGAAAUCCAGCCAGAGAAAGGGUGGCACUACAUCAGCUGCGCAAAAUGUUGGAACAAACUUAUCUUAGAAGAUGGAAACUGCAAGUGUCCUCAAUGUACUACAACCACGCCCGUUCCAAGAUACAGGUUUAGUGCCCGAGCAAUUGACGACGCUUCAACAGAUAGUGACGAUGCAAAACUUGCAGACCUGUACUUAUUUGGCCCGCGAGGAGAGGCUGUUGUUGGCAAAGAAGCGCUAACACUUCUGACAAGCCUAAGGGGAGAAACAGAUGCACUGCCCCAGGAUCUACUUGCCAUUAUAGGAAAAGAAUUCAACAUUGUUGCAACUCCAAGGCGUGAAUCAUUGGAUUCAUUGCACCCCCAUCUGCAGGUGCAGAUAGCUGAACCAAUCUUCCGCACCAAUGUUCCUCUAUGGCAAGGCUCAAAUGAUCCACCAGCAGAUCAGGUCUGUAAAGACCUACACACUCCUGAGACAACAAGUCAAAUUGAGACCACCGCUGGAACAUCAAUUCCACUAUCAUUCACAAGGCUUGCAUCACAGCAUCUUCCAUCACCAUCUUCUACAACUUACAAGGUUCCUCUUGACUCACCUGCAGGAGCAAAACAGAAAGCUGCUUCUACCGACAAGAACCCAAAAGCAAAGAAAGAGCUCCGCUUCUCGAAAGACAAUUGAAUUCUCAUAUAAUGUCCUUCGACCUCCUUCUACCAUCAAUUUCCUCUCCAUCUAAUAUCUACCGCAGACCCCCACACAGCCUGUGUUCUGGUUGUUGAAGACACGCUGUUCUCUGCAAAAACCACCUCUAGAUAUUUGUAUGUCUAAGACCAGUGCAGUUUCUAUGCAAACUGCUUUAGACCUAUGUGGUUAAGUAGCCCCCAGUACUAUUUCCAGCUGACAGUGCACCAACCGCUUGGUUUACCCUCAGCCUUUGCUGUAAUAAACUUAGUUCUGUAAUCAACUCCUUGAUGUGAAGCAUGUGUUCUUCAAACAACAAUUGUCUUCAUUUUAUUAUCUUCUAUAGUUCCAACAUGUGCUGU